CCCUCCUAUCCUUCACAACUCUUUAAAUCUCCCACCAGUCACCACUCUUUAUUUCUAAUCAAACUCCUCUGGCACCAGGGAUUCGAUCCAAAUUAAACUGAAACCCCCCACCCCCACUCCUCAGAGUGGGAAAAAAAAGGAGGGCGCACAAGAGAGAAAAUGGAGCAAGAACAGCAUCUCAGCACCAGAUGGGAAGGCUAUGUUGACUGGAGAAGCCGAUCUGCAAUCAGAGGCCGGCAUGGUGGCAUGCUUGCUUCCUCGUUUGUGCUGGUGGCCGAGGUAUUGGAGAACUUGGCAUAUCUGGCAAAUGCAAGCAACUUGGUCAGGUACCUAUCGGACUACAUGCAUUUAUCUCCGUCCAAAGCGGCAAACGAUGUCACAGAUUUCAUGGGCACCGCCUUCCUUCUGGCCCUUCUCGGUGGUUUCUUAUCCGACGCCUUUUUCACAACUUAUCACAUCUACCUGAUAAGUACAGUCAUUGAAUUUCUGGGUUUGAUCCUACUCACAGUGCAAGCUCGCUUACCUUCACUGAAGCCACCACCGUGCACUCAAGGCAGCCUCGACGAUCCAUGCCAAGAAGUCGAAGGCGGAAAAGCUGCCAUGUUGUUCCUAGGCCUGUAUCUGGUGGCACUGGGGGUCGGAGGGAUAAAGGGCUCCUUACCCUCACAUGGUGCAGAGCAAUUUGACGAGAGCACUCCACAAGGAAGGAAGCAGAGAUCAACCUUCUUCAACUACUUUAUCUUCUGCCUCUCUUGCGGCGGCCUGAUUGCGGUGACACUGGUAGUGUGGAUUGAAGACAACAAAGGGUGGGAAUGGGGUUUUGGAAUUGCCACCAUUAGCAUAUUUUUGUCUAUACCGGUGUUUCUUGCUGGUUCCGCUCUCUACCGGAACAAGAUACCAAAUGGAAGUCCCCUAACAACCAUUUUUAAGGUUUUGAUUGCUGCCACACUUCACAGCUGUGUGACCAAAAGUCCAAGCAAUGCCAUUGUAAGCAUGACUCCAAGCCCUUCUUCUUCAACCCCAAUUGCCCACGCGGUAUCGGAAUCAAACACCGCGGAGAAGGAGAAUUACGCCACUGAGGAUCAAACUCCAACUGAAAGCCUCAAGUUCCUAAACAGAGCAGUUCUAGUGAACAAGCCAGUCCAUGAUAAACUACAUUGCACCGUGAAGCAAGUCGAAGAAGUCAAAAUCGUGCUUAAAAUCCUUCCAAUUUUCGCGUGCACAAUCAUGCUCAACUGCUGCCUAGCUCAGCUCUCAACAUUCUCCGUCCAACAAGCCGCAACAAUGGACACAAAGCUCGGCUCUCUAAAAGUCCCGCCGGCCUCCCUCCCCAUCUUUCCCGUACUCUUCAUCAUGAUCCUAGCGCCAGUCUACGACUUCUUCAUCAUCCCUUUCGCACGUAAGGCCACAAAAUCCGAAAUGGGGAUCACCCACUUGCAGCGCAUAGGGACCGGCCUAGCCCUUUCCAUCGUUGCCAUGGCAAUAGCAGCCCUUGUCGAGAUCAAGCGCAAGCGUGUAGCGACCAACUCCGGGAUGCUCGACUCAACCGAGCCGCUCCCGAUCACGUUCUUUUGGAUUGCGCUGCAGUACUUGUUCCUGGGGUCGGCAGACCUGUUCACGUUGGCCGGACUGUUAGAGUUCUUCUUCACGGAAGCGCCGCAAAGCAUGAGGUCUCUGGCCACAUCUCUCACUUGGGCAUCCUUGGCAAUGGGGUAUUACCUAAGCUCGGUGAUUGUUUCUGUGGUGAAUGAUGUUUCAGGGAAGUACUCCGAGCGCAAAUGGCUGGCUGGUAAAAAGCUGAAUCAAUACCACCUGGAGAGAUUCUAUUGGCUCAUGUGCGUGCUGAGUGGAUUGAAUUUCUUGCACUAUCUGUUCUGGGCAGUCAGAUACAAAUACAGAUCAACGAGAACAAAUAAGUAAAACAAGAUAGCAUCUUACAUGGCAUGGGCACGCUACCACCACAGUUUAUAUGGACAAAAACUUAACAUGUCUAUGUAUUAUUGACAUGGGACGUUCCCGUGCCGUGAGAGUACUCGGCAAAAGAGUUGUUUUUGGGAGGAUCAUAAUUAAGAUGUGGCAUGGUGAUCAUAACCUGCAAGACAACUGCUUGGACUGUAAAUAUGAUGGCCAAAAUGGGGUUUAAGCGCAGUUUUUUUUUUUUUUUUUUAAUCAUGUGAUCUUAAGUUAUCUGUCCUAGUAGAAAUAUAUAGUAUUCAUCCUUGAUUUGUUAGGGGAGGGGACCUACACUUCAAAUAGGAUCGUAUAGAUUCUCGUAUCAAAAAAGUAGAGAAUUAUAAAUAAAACGUUGAAUUGGUUGAAUAA